GGAAGUUUGUUUAUACAAGAAUGGAUUAUUCAAAAGAAUGAUGAAAAGAAAGAAGAAAAAGGAGGGGGUGGGAGAAUGCAAUCCACUUCAUCAUCUGUCUUCCCCUUGGCCACCUGGUUUUACCCUAUCCCCAUCAACUUCCUUCAUCAUACCCUUCACUCCCACCAUUCCCAUGUAAGUUUCAGGAAACCCACCGUUGAUUUCCGCUGUUUUUCUCUCCACACCACCCACCAUUACAGCACCUUGCAACGACACCAAACCCUAACCAACAAAACCAACGCCUCUCACCCAUUUCAGGACUCUCCGCUCUUCUAUCAAUUCCACUCUCCCUUUAGCUCCAGUAACAUCACCAACCAAAACCCAGAACCUCAAGACGAAGAACAAGAGGAAUUUGAACGUCAGAGUGCGGAGACCCAGGGGGUACUUUUCACAAACAUGUGGUGGGUAGAUUUGAAAGCGGCUCUGGGGCAGAGAAUCAAUGUUGAAGGUGUUGUUUCUUCGGUUUCUGUGUUUGUUAAAGAUCGUCACUUGGUGCUACCACACGUUAUCGUGCCUGAUAUUAGGUAUAUUGAUUGGGGUGAGCUCAAGAAGAGGGGUUUCAAGGGUGUUGUGUUUGACAAGGAUAAUACCAUCACGGCUCCUUAUUCUUUGACGCUGUGGCCGCCUCUGAGCUCUUCGUUAAAGCGGUGUAAAGCGGUAUUUGGGCAUGAUAUUGCUGUGUUUAGUAAUUCUGCUGGUCUUUCGGAAUAUGAUCAUGAUGAUUCGAAAGCGAGGGCGUUGGAGGGGGCAAUUGGAAUUAAAGUCAUUAGGCAUAGAGUGAAGAAACCAGCUGGGACGGCUGAAGAGGUUGAAAAACACUUUGGCUGUGCAUCCUCACACCUAAUCAUGGUGGGUGAUCGACCCUUCACUGAUAUUGUUUAUGGAAAUCGAAAUGGGUUUUUGACAAUAUUAACCGAGCCAUUGAGUCUUGCAGAGGAGCCAUUCCUCGUCAAGCAGGUGAGAAAACUUGAAAUGUGCCUUGUGAACCUCUGGUUUAGAAGAGGUCUGAAGCCAACCAGUCACAACCUGCUACCAGAUGUUGCGCAAUGUGUUAAAGAUCCACCACCUCCGUAAGAAAUAUUUAUGAUGCCUGCAAAAGCAAUUGCUCAUGUUAAGAGAUCUUGUAGAUGUGGAAAAACUGAUAUGCUGCACUGGCUAAAUCAUCUUUCUGAACCCAAGUGAAUGGAAGUUGCCAUUCUCAGUGUACACACCACCCCAUGUUAGGGAGCAGCAGCAUUUAUGGAUCUCUUGUGAAUCCAUAUAAAUGUCAACUUUUUUAUAAUAUAUAUAUAUAUAUAUAUAUAUAGAUUAAGAGAAUUAAUACUGUAAUUUCGUUUUCAAUUGGGUAUUGCUGUACUCAUUUAGGCAAGAAUGUAAAUUAAGUUUAAAAGAAUUACAAUAAGUUGAUGAAAAUAUGCUACCAUAGCAGCUCU